AUUCUAUGUGCUUACAAGCAGUUUUCAGGGAUUGCUGUCAGUUUCAAUUUGGUUAGGUUAUGAUUUUGAUGUAUUGGCAUGUCAAAGUCGGCAUGGAUCCUUCUGUUAAUUUUUCCAGUCUUCCUAUUUGGAAAUACGGUUGGUUCAAUAGGUGACAAAUCACAAAUAUACAGGCAAUGUCUGGCAUCGUGUCUCACUAGGAAUUGCAAAAAUGAAACAACUUUUAAGGAACAACCUCCUUUAUCAUUAAUUUUGCUACAUUGGUCCUGCAAAGAAGAUUGCAGUUAUACUUGCACAUGGAGGACCGUUGACUCUUUUGUAUCUCAUGGUUUAAAAAUACCACAGUUCCAUGGAAAAUGGCCAUUUAUCCGUCUAUUUGGAUGUCAGGAACCUGCCUCAGUUUUAUUCUCUGUAUUAAAUUUUUAUGCACAUUGGUCAAUGUAUCAAAAAUUUAAAAGAAGAGCAGAUAGAACCAACCCUAUGUUUUAUGUUUGGAAAUAUUUCAGUAUUAUAUGCUUGAAUGGAUGGUUUUGGUCCACUGUAUUUCAUUCACGAGAUAGACCAUUUACAGAAGCCAUGGACUAUUCUUGCGCAUUCAGUAUGGUACUUACACUGUUAUAUUGCAUGCUUUUAAGGAUAACAUACAAGAAGAAUAGAGCAUUUGUUAUAAUAACUUGCGGAUAUCUAAGUAUUUUAUGUAUACAUUUAUCACACUUGUGGUCAGGCAAAAUUAAUUAUGGUUAUAAUAUGAUGCUUAAUAUAACAAUAGGUUUGACAACCUUUGCGAUAACAAUGCUGUGGUGGUAUUUUAAUCACAAGUUGUCUCAUGUGUACUUAAUCGGUUGGUUUAAUACAUUGGUCGUAUUUGUGACUCUGUUAGAAUUGGCAGAUUUUCCUCCUAUCUUUUGGAUCUUCGAUGCUCAUUCUUUAUGGCAUGCCAGUACUAUUCCCUUAACAGUGUUACUGUAUAGGUUUAUGAUCUCAGAUUGCUGUUACUUGAAAACACAUUACAAUAAAUUACAUCUCUAGAUUUUAAUUAUUAUAUUUAAACAAAUA